CCCGCUUGCUCACAUCACACUGGGACCGGGUUUUGAUUGAUGCUGCGCAAAGUGCCGCGUCGCUGUGCCUUAUUCACUGAGAGUGUACUCCGUACGGAGGGAGUACUUUGCUUCUUUCCCCCCUCUCUCCGACAUCUGCCCAAAGACCCUGCAAUCCAGCAAAACGAGUGAGUGGGUUUUCGGUGUCAUUCGAUCCCAGCGUCUGGCCGCCUGCCCGCGAUUCUUCAUCUAACCAGCUUCGCCCUCUUCCGUCUCUCUGUCUACAUUUGGGUACGCUCAGGACUAUCGAACGGUCCGCAAACCCCCUUGGUUUCUUUUCCCCCCAUCCCUUGGAAGACAAUUGUCUCUCGCCCCCGUCGACUCGACUCGACUGCAUCAGAGCAGAGCACGUCAAGAUCAACUGUAUCUCAGUUCCAACGCACUCGGAAUUCCUGCGCGUCUUUAACUAAGCCCUUGGAAAGCUGAAAUCCCUCUAGGGAUUCACUGCCCACAACACGAAACCAGGCCCAUAUUGGCAUUCACUCUAGGCGGUUUCAACACGUGGUCGACAUGACGCGCUACUGACCUUUCGCCGACUCUGAGAGUUUUCGUCUUCGCUGCGCUCCGGACCAUCUCGAACCCUUCCUCGUCCGCUUUGUUCGCAACAGCAACAACGUUUCGGUCGCUGUCCAAUUCUCUCUUUUGCCGCUGCGGCCCUCCUGCGCCAUUCCUCGACGUCAAUCUCUAGCGUCCAUGGCUGCCUCAAACGGUUCCGCGGGCGUCUUCGCCAUCACCAAAACCCGGUUGCUGCUCUUCGCAUCGCUGGCCAUCACAUGGUGGUUUGCCCACCUCCUCCCGAGCUACAAACCCAUGAUCAAGGCCGAAUUCAAAUCGAGGUUGGACGAGGCAAGACAGAAGAUCCCUAAGAUCAAGGUCGACUGGAAGCCCACCGACGACCCGCGAGCCAAGUACAAUGCCUCCAAGUUGGCACUGAUCAUUGAGCCGCGCCCUAUCCCGCACCUCGUGCCUCAGCUGCUGCACAUGACUUCCGUCGUGCCCCCGGACUGGAGGUUCCUAUUCAUCGGCUCCAACGUAAGCGUGGUCAGCGUCGCCCGAAGCUACGGGAUCAAGCACCAGCAAGUCAUCGGGAAACUCGAUCUCAUGGUGCUUCCCGAUCCCUGGGAGAUCGACACUAAAGAACACGUCUUCCGUCUGCUGACCGAUGUGCGCUUUUACGAGGAAUUCCUCCCUGGUGUGGAAUGGAUCCUCAAGUUCGAAUCGGACAGCAUCCUUUGCUCCAACUCUCCCAAGAGUCUGAAUGAGUGGCUUGACUGGAGCUGGGCAGGUGCUCCCAGAACCCCUGAUGAUCAUUUCUCGGGCAACGGUGGUCUCUCCCUGCGACGGGUAUCGUCCAUCCGAAAAGUGUUGCAAUUCCAGGAGCGAUACAAUGACACAGAAGCAGAAGACGAAUGGUUUGGCAAGCGACUUUGGGUCAUGCAAGGCGAAAAGGUUGCCCAUGGAAAGAAGGGCGCCCUGGCUGUGGAGGACUUCUACAUGGAAAAGCCUAUGGGCUACCAUGUUCGAGACGGGGGCCAGAGUCUUUCGGACAAAGUUUGGAAGGAUCCCAAACAGCGCAGGAAAAUCUUCGACUACUGCCCGGAGAUCAGUAUGAUCAUGGACAUGAAGCUAGAGCGCGAACGCUGCGACGGCGACAACAAAGAGGGCGGCAUCGGUCCAACGGAUGCCGAAAAGGAAAAGGCGGCGGAAGAGGCCAAGAAGGCGGCGGAAGAAGCGGCCAAGGCCAAGGCCGAAGAAGAAGAACGCCGCAAAAAGGAAGGCGAGGAGGAGAAAAGAAAGCAGGAAGAAGAGGAGAAGAAGAAGCAGGAGCAGGCCGGCGACAAUGACGAAGAUGAUCCUUUGGCCAACGAUGCGGAUGCCAAGGCCAAGGCAAUGGCUGCAGAAGCGCAGGCAAAGGCAGCCUCUGCGAAUCGUAUCUAAUGACCAGCCAGUAACAGAAGCCGGUUCGUAAACGAACCAGAUUCAAAGAGGCGCUCAUCAAAGGGCCAGAUCAGGCAAUGAUGUUGAUUUACGGGAUUGUAUCUAGGCGGAUGUCAGCUUGGCGGGCUUCGGGGUCCAGGCAAGCAGUCGAACACAAGAGACACAAGGCCACCGACAAUGCCAACGCCACCGGUAUGUAUGACAGCAGUCAAGAGGCUGUGGCGAGGAGGAUCCCCCGAAACCUCGAAGGGUCGUGGUGCUGCUGGACGAUUGACGGCGGCUAGUUCAUAAGGGCGUGGCUUGUGGCGACAGGCUUGGAAGUCGCAAACGGCCAUAUGGGAGGGAUUAUCACGCACUCACACGCGGCGUCACCUAGAAGGGCGACGGACGAUGGGAUAAUUGACGGGUGGCAUGCCAUUUCCGGUUAGGGGUGUCGCGUCGGGCGUCACGGAGUUUUAAACAAAUGCUAUCUUGGUCAACAAUGGUGGCCGGAGCAUCGGCACAUGACGGACAGAUCGGGAAAGAGGACGUGGAAUGUAGUUAUUUUGUUCGAAGGCAAAACAUCCAACGGCAAUAAUCCAACGAGAUGAGUCUGUCUUUGAGCACC